AUGUUCCAAUUCAGGUCUAUAUUUCUAAUCGCUCUGUCUUGCGCCCACUUAGUAUCUUCGUACCCUUUGCUGGGUCGAGGAAACUAUGACAAGGCAGGGGACUCGCAUUGGGUGAAUAUAUGGACUACUAUGCCCCAGUUGGUUGAGCCCGCUAAUCUACCCCCUGUUCCGUUUAAUGGAUCCACUGCGGUCUUCGGCAAUACGACCAUUCGGCAGACCCUUCAGGUUUCAUUAGCUGCACAUGAGAUUCGCAUUCGACUGUCUAAUGCAUUUGGGUCAAACGAUCUGAAGAUCACCAAUGUGAGUAUCGGCCUACCGGCGAGGCCGAUAGUGGGAGUCAGUGGUCUACAGACAGAGACAUUGAAGACUGUGUCCUUCAAUGGGAGCCCAGAUGUGGAUAUCCCGAACGGUGGACUAGUUGUCUCCGACCCAGUAAAGUUUCCUGUUAAGGCCCAAUCGGCUCUCAUGAUCAACAUGUAUCUCGCAGAAGGACAGCAAGGCUUCUCUAUUACUGGCCACCCUGGGAGUAGAACGACCUCAUACCUGGCCUUUGGAGAUUGGAGCGGCGCAAAGAACCUCACGGACUCAUCUGUUCAAAGCACAGAUCAUUGUGGAGUAGAGGCUCGGCUACCUUCCGAAUCCAGUGGCUUUGUGGUCAUUGGCGACAGUAUCACCGAUGGCCGAGGAAGCACUACCAAUGGCAAUGAUCGUUGGCCGGAUCUGUUGCUGGCAAAAAUGCAAAAGCAUAAAUCCACGUCAAAUAUCGCCGUUCUCAACCAGGCCGCUGGCGGAAAUCGUAUUCUACAAGAUGGCCUAGGUCCAAAUGUGAUCAGCCGUCUUGACCGGGAUGUCCUAGCACAAUCUGGAGUGCGAUAUGCGAUGAUCUUCGAAGGCGUCAAUGAUAUUGGCGUCGCUGAUAGCGAUGCAGCCAUCCAGGAGGCGAUUGAGAGGAAACUUGUUGCGGCAUAUAAACAGAUUGCGACACGGGUGCGUGCCCUAGGAAUUCCGAUAUUUGGCGCCACUAUUACGCCAUUCGGCUCGUCGGCGAGCUCCGACUAUGUGCAGCCUUACUCAAGUAUCGAGCGGGAGGGGACUCGUCAGCGAGUCAAUACAUUCAUCCGGAAAAGUGGCGUAUUUGAUGCAGUACUGGACUUUGACCAGGUGUUGAGGGAUCCGCAGGCGCCGUCUCAGCUGCUGGAAAAAUAUGAUUCAGGAGACCAUCUUCACCCUAAUGUAGCGGGUUGUCAAGCAUUGGCUGAUUAUUUCCCUCUCGGGUUAUUCGAGUGA